CGCCGAGGCGGCGGCUCCGCCAUUUUGUGCCCGAAGCCGCCUCAGGAUGGAGCCCAGACCCGACCCGGAGCCGCCCGUCGCCCGAAGAGCCCUCAGACCCGCCGCGCCACCACGGAGCGCCGUCUCGCACACCCCUCCGCACCGCUGGCAGCGCUGAACGGCUCCAUGGAGCACAGCGGACGCGAACGCGCCGGCUGGGCCCGGCUGGGCCUGGCCGCGGCCUGGCCGAAGCUGGCGGGGCCCGGCGCGGCGCCCGCGGGCGGCUCGUCCCAGGCGAGCCCGCCCUUCUCGUGGCUGAGGGUGCUGUCGCAGCUGCUGUCGCCGCUGCCCGCGCUGCUGCAGCGGCUGCUGCCCGGCCCCGCGCUCAGCACCGCGCUCUGCCCCGCCGAGGCGCCGCCGCCGCUCGUGCUGCUGCCCCAGGCGGAGCCCGCGCCGGGCUGGGCCGAGGAGCCCCCGGAGAAGCCCCCGGCGGGGCUGUGGGGGGCCGGGCUGGUGCGGAGCGCCCUCCCCGUGGACUGGUUCGUGCUGGGCACGGAGCAGAGCAAGAGCCACCUGCCGCAGCCGCUGCGGGCCGAGCCCCUGCCCGAGGCCGAGUUCCUCCGCAGCAAGCGCCUGGCGUUCCUCCAGCGCUGGCACCUGCCCGUGCCCGACCCCGACCACGGCUACCACAGCCUGGAGGAGGAGCAGCAGCACAGGGAUGUUCGCCGGGACCAGCGGGGCGGUGCCGGGCAGCUGGAGCAGCCCCAGGACGCAGGGAGACAGCCCGUGGAGCAGGAGGGGCUCCGGGAUGCGGCUGAGGUGGAGGAAGCGUUGCCCGAAGGGGAUGGUGAGGACUCGGACACAGAGCAAAACCUCCCGGUUUCGACCAGACCUGCGUGUGCGAAUAAAUUAAUCGAUUAUAUCAUCGGGGGAGUUUUCAGCGGGGAGGAGAGUGAGGGUGAGGAGGACUGGGAUGAUGAUGAUGAUGAUGACGAUGACGGGUUCGACAGCGAAGAGCUUCCCUCGGAAUCAGACGCUGGCAGCCAGGACGGGGAGAGGCUUCACCUCUGGAAUUCCUUCUAUAGCUUGGAUCCCUACGACCCUCAGAACUUCACAGCCACCAUUCAGACAUCUUCCAGCGAUCCGGGAAGGGAUAUGUCGGAUGUGGAAGAGGAGGAAGAAGAGGAGGAGGAGGAGGAAGAAGACUCAUGGGCAGAGUCCUCCUCAGGCUCUGCUCAUAGUUCUGAAGAGGAGGACGAGUGGGACUGUGGCAGCGUGGAUGAGGCGGAAAGCUUGAAACUUUGGAACUCGUUCUGCACCUCGGACGAUCCUUACAACCCUCUAAAUUUCACGGCAGCCUUUCAGACAGAGAAAAAAGGGCCGCCGAGUUCGGUCCCUGCCGAGCACUUCACCGUGUGCCGGGUACAGCUGGAGGGACACAGCUGUGGGCUUGGUGACCUGGGGCAGCGUGGAAUUCUGUCCGGGGAGAAAGCCGCCAAUUCCAAGCGGAAAAAGGUCACCUUCCUUGAAAAAGUGACUGAGUAUUACAUAAGCAGCGAGGAGGAUCGGAAAGGACCCUGGGAGGAGAUGGCACGAGAUGGCUGCAGGUUCCAGAAGCGGAUCCAGGAAACAGAGGAAGCCAUAGGAUAUUGCUUCACCACAGAGCACAGGCAGAGAGUGUUCCACAGGCUCCAGGAAAUCUCCUCCCAGGGGGUUGAUCUCUUCUAGCCCCUCACACCACCUGGUAGUCGUGUGACCCUAAAACACUCACAGACACCUAAACGAGACGUGGCAGCUGCACGUGCUGUUCUGGAGUGGGGAGAGAAGUGGGAUUGGAAGUUUCCCAGUUUGGUGUGUUGAGCCAACAAAUAUCCCUGUGUGUCCCACUCUGCUGUCCCCACAGAGUCCCCCCGGUGCCCUGCAGGGUGAGGGUGCUCCGGUUGCAUUCCUUUUGAUUAACGCUGAGAAACAGACUGCUUGAGGUUGAACGCAUUCCAAAAAUGCCUUGUCUGCCGUCUGUUGGGAAGUGGUGACUGUUCAGUUGGAUUUUUUUGCACUUUGAAAAAAAGCAAAACCUAUUUUGAAGGAGAUAUUUAUGGGGCUCAGCCCCUGGUAUUGCAGUUUUGAUUUAAAGUUGCCUGGGAGUUGUGGCGUUUCCCUGUUGUUCUCCAGCUUGUGCAAAAGUCUCCCAUGUUGUUCUCUGAUAACUUUGGCUUAACUGUGUGAAUCCCUCCCCCUAGAUGCCAGUUUUGCAUGGAAUGCAGUGUUUGAGUGGUUUUGUAGCAUUUGGAUGUCAGUGUUCCAGUCAGGCACCCUGGGGGAGCUCUGGUGCACUGCAGGCCCUUUGGUUUGACUUGUUUAAACAAUACCUUUGGAGCCAGGACUGUUCCAAAGGGUUCUGUCUGCUUGUGCACCGAAUUUCUUGCCUUUUAGGGCGAGGAAAUUUCUCAUCCCAAUCAAUAAUUAAAGCUUCGAGCACAUGUGGAGGCUGUGGGUGAUGUUUGAACUUAGGGAGCCACGCAAGGGAACUAGUCCCUAAUUAUUUAUUUAAUCUAAGAAUAACUUUGCUAUAAUUCUGCUUUGGAAUAGAGAUUGUGGUGGAUUCUUGUAUCCAGUCUGCUUGUUCUGGUACUUUUAAGGAGAAUUAUCUCUGAUUUAAGGGAAUGUUAAGGCAGCAAAUCACCGUGUUCUUUACCAAAAGCCAGUAUUAACACUCUGUGUGUGUCUGCACUGGGUCACCUGGUACAAAUAACAUUCUACCUAUGGAGAGCUGAGGUCCUUGGUGGAAGGACAGCACUUCCUAACUUCAAAUAUUUACUCAAUUCAGUUAAAACACAGAGCAGCACCCUUGGAGGGGGGUGUUUGGGCCUGGGGGUUGGGGUGAGGCUGUUGCCUGAGCAGCUGUGAGGUCACCCAUUUCCCUUUUGUAGGGGAGAAAGCUGAAAGUACUUCAAAUUUGUCAUGAAUUGUUUCAGUUUUCAAUUUGCAGGACUUCAUUUUCUGCUUUACAUUUUGGCCACGUCUUAAUUCUGACUCCAAAAUUCCAGAGUUGUUGGACUCACACUUUGAUCUCCUCACCCAAAGUGUGUUCUGUGAGGUUUUUAAAAACUGAUUUGCUGUGUUGCACUUACAAAAAUUCAGAGGAUUCACUGGAUUGCAGUAGAGUUGUGUAAGCUUCACAUCCAGCCAGAAUUCCUGCAGCAUUUCAGAGUGGCUGCAUGAAAUCAAUGCAGCAGCGUUGUUUUCCACCCCACCCCCAAAGAUUGGAUUCUCUUUUCCUACAAAAAUUGCAGUUGUGAAAUUGUAAAUUCCAAUCAGGCCCUCACAUCCUGAGAAAUUGUCUCUGAAUUUCUGGGAGCUGGUUUUGCUGUCUCAUAUUGGAUCUGCUCUUUAGCUUAGGGAAAAGGGGGUGAUAAAUGUGGAAUCAGAAGAGAAGAUUUGCUGAUUUCUGGUCAGUGUGACCGAUCAGUACAAAUCUGCUGCUCCUGGGAGGUCACACUACAGUCGUUUUUCCAUGAAUUUCCCAGUUUCUUUGGUCUUGGAGAACUUGGUGCUUUGGUUUUUCAUGGACAGCUCAUUUCAAUGGUGCUUGGGAGGAGUGGGAAUGAACACCUGGAAAUGUUUGCAGAGGCUUGGAAAAACCUGUCGCUGGGAACAAACAGAGCUGAUAAAUUAUGUGUAAAUUAGAUCAGCAAAUGCCGCUUUCAAAGCGCUUAAACGUUGGAAAAAUGGCUUUUAUCCAUCCUGAAGUGUGUCCAGCACUCCCACUGCUGCUUCCCACCUGCUCAGGUGAGCUUUUCCCCCGCUCCAGCCUCACGUUUUCCAGGUAUCUGGUGGGAGGUGAGAGGGAAUUAACAGUAAAUUCAUCACCAUGAACAUCUUGGGAACUUGGUGUCACCCUUUCUUCCCUAUCAGAUCCCUUGAACUGGUUGUUCAGGCCGUGUCCAUGUGUCAGUGCUUGGGGUGAGACAGUAAAAAUAACACUUGUAGGACUUUAAAUCAAAACUGUGAUGAGCAGAUUUUAUUUUUGUAUAAUUUAGAGAAAAACUUAGAAAAACCUUCAAGCAUUGGCUUUAUACAGAUUUUACUUGAUUUGUGUCGAGUUUGUUGGGUUUUUAUAUCUAAAGUUCUAUUUCUGUACAUAAUAAACUAUUCAGAACUAAUCUGUAAA